AUGGCAGUUAUAGGUUCAUUGGGGGGUUGGGAUUACACAUUCCAACAAGAAUUCCGAGCUCCUUAUAUCCACUCCCUGCUACUCUCUUGUAAUCCUUCUUUGACGGAAAUUCAAAAAGAAGUGAUUGGGAGUAUGACCGCUCUCAGGGUCCUGGAUUUUACACGGAAUGCCCUCCAGUCGUUGCCAAAAAACAUGGGAUAUCAUUAUCGAUCUGAUAUUACACAACUGCCCUCCGACAUUUCUAAUUUGACUUCUCUAAAACUGUUGGACGUUAGUUUCUGCAAACAUCUACAGUACAUGCCUUAUGGGAUGUCACUCCUUACGUCUUUGGAGUACCUGGAUGCAUUUGCUUCAUCAAAUAUACAGUGGAACAAGUGCAUAGGGGAUCGGCUUCCAAUUAGCGAUUUGGGCACCCUAAACAAACUAAAAAAGUUGGGGCUUCAUAAUAAUGGUGAUAUAAUUCAGAAACGAAUGUUGGGAACCAUGAAGCAGAUAGAAAAUUCAUUUUGUGAAUUUCAAAAUCUGGGCUAUCUUAGUUUGUUCGGUUGUGGCAUGUUGAAACAACUACCUAACUUGCACAAUCUUCCAAGUCUAAAGCACUUGCAUAUAGUUGAGUGUUCCAACAUUGAGAAGUUUCCAGAAGAAUUUGGCAAGAAGGGAGGAUUUCCUAAGUUGGAGGUAUUUUCAGUGGUGAAUUUGAGGAAGAUGGAGCAACUACCAACAUUGGAAGAAGGAGCUCUACCUUCACGUAAAACAUUGACAAUAAUGCAGUGUGAGGCAUUGCAGAGGCUACCACAGUGUUAUUGGAAUUUGAAGAGUGUAGAGAGUGUAUUGUUGUUCAAAGGUUCUACUUGCGAUGACAAAGGAAGAAAACUUUAUCAAGACAAAGAUAACAUUAUCUACGAUAUAAACUUAUAA